GCCACGCUCCCCUCCUUCGCCUGGCAUGCACCCAAUAUACACAGUCGUAGCACAGCCAAUCUGCCAUGGCGCCCAGCGGGCCCUUAGCCGGGGGUCCACAGCGCCCUAGCACCCACUGCCAACGCGUCUGCAGGCGAGAGCCUCACGUCAACAUCUCGUUCCCUUCAUCGCAGCGUCUUGGUGACCUGCCUUUGCAUGCCAAAUGGCCGUCAAGAGGCCUUCCCGAGCAUCUUUGAAGCGCUUUACCGCCUUCUUCCGGCUUUUGUUCUACGCCAACCCGACGUGGGUGGACGUCUUUCUUGUCGUUGUAGGCGCAAUUGCUGCUACAGCAGCUGGCGUGCCGUUUCCGCUCGUCGGAAUCAUCUUUGGUCAAUUAAUCGAUGACCUCAAUACCGCGACAUGCGACGGCAGCGACACAGGCUCGACUGGAGACCUGCAAUCCUCGAUCAAUUCCAAAGUCCUGAUCCUCUUUUACCUCUCCGUGGCCACCUUUGCUUGCAUAUACACCCAUUGCGUGUGCUGGAGUAUAGCCUCACAACGACUUGGCCAGCGCAUUCGAGAUCAUUACCUCAAGAGUAUCUUGGGCCAAGACAUCGAAUUUUUCGAUAGUCUGCAAGCUGGAGAGGUUUCUUCGCGGCUCAAUGGAGAUAUCCAAGCAAUCGAGACCGGAACUUCCGAGAAAGUCGGCGUCUUCCUUACCUGCGUCACGUUCUGCAUCACUGCCUAUGUGAUUGCAUUUAUUAAGGACGCUGAGUUGGCUGGCAUGCUGAUUUCACUUAUACCCGCGUUCCUGCUCAUGACACUGGUAGGAGGAUACUUCACACAGAAGUAUUCCGGCAGAGUUUCCGACGCCUUCGGGAAAGCCAGUGCCAUUGCAUCCGAAGCGCUUAGUCACGUCGGUCUCGUUCACGCGCUCGGCGCACAGGAUCGUUUGGAGGAGAAAUAUCGAGGUUACCUGGGCGAGGCUAAGAAAGAAGGGACCAGCAAAGCAACGGCAUCUGCAGUCCAAGCUGGAACAUUGUAUUUCAUUGCUUUCGCAGCAAAUGCACUAGCAUACUGGCAGGGCAGCAGGAAGAUCGCUUCAUCUAUUGAAUCCGGCGGCGAUUCCGGGGCGUCUGCUGGUGCGAUCUACACGGUCAUUUUCAUUCUCGUUGAUGGUGCCAUUGUGCUGAGCCAAGUCGCUCCUCUACUACCAAUCUUUGGAGGUGCCGUAUCGGCCUUUGAACGGCUCCGAAAGGACAUUGAGCAUCAGCCAGCCAUAGCCGGGACAUCGGACGCCGGUCAAACGCCUGAAGAUAUCUACGGAAGUGUCGAGUUCCGCAAUAUCUCUUUCACUUACCCUUCGAGGCCCGAACACCCUGUUCUCAACAAUAUAUCGUUCCAGUGCGAGGCCCGAAAGCUUACUGCUAUCGUCGGACUCUCAGGCAGUGGUAAAUCAACGAUUGCUGCGCUCUUGACUCGCUUUUACGAUCCACACAACGGCGCAGUCACCCUCGACGGUAUUGAUCUCAAGGACUUAAAUGUGAAGGCUUUGCGUGGUAAUAUUAGCCUUGUACCACAGGAACCGUCCUUGCUUGAUCGUUCCAUACUGGAAAACAUCGCUCUCGGUCUCGUCAACUCCACAUUACACGCGCACUUGCAUAAAACUUUGCUCUCCGGUGCCUUGAAGCAGGUGGCUGAAGAUACCAGAAACGGUCAACAGCUUUCCAAAUGCGUGGAGGCUGCUGGUCCUGAAGUGUCUGAAAUCUUCCGUUUGGUAGAAGAUGCAGCCGGCCUAGCAGAUGUUAUGGGAUUCAUAGACCGUCUAGAUUAUGGCCUUGCAACCUCAGUGGGAUCCAGUGGGAGUCUUAUCAGCGGUGGACAGAAACAAAGAAUCGCUCUUGCUCGUGCACUUGUCCGAAACCCGAAAAUUCUACUCCUGGAUGAGGCUACAGCGGCACUGGACUCGGCAAGUGAGAAGAGGAUCCAAGCCUCUAUCGAACGGGCAUCUGAAGGUCGGACCGUCAUCGCUAUCGCCCAUCGCCUCUCUACGAUUAGAGCGGCCAGUAAGAUCGUCGUCAUGAAGAAGGGCGAGAUUCUUGAGCAGGGUACGCACGACGAGCUCAUCGAACGAAACGGAUCCUAUGCAGAUAUGGUUCGAUUACAGUCCGUCAAGCCUACGGAUAGCGCUGGGAGCUCCAAGUCUAGUGUGAUGGAGGAAGAUGCAGAUGCGAUCGAACAGCCAAAAGAAGCAAAGGCCGCCGAGAAGGGCGGACCCGAUGAGCAACUAGAUACCGAACAGGCCAAGGAAGAAGACGCUGCGAUCGUUAGCCACACUCUGCUCAGGACGAUGGGACCUCUCCUACGACCGUAUACUCUGUGGCUUAUACUGGCCUUCUUUGCGGCCACUAUUGUCGGUGGAACCUAUACGUCAAGUGGUGCAGUCUUUGGUAACACGCUCGGCGCCUUCUCGCCUUGCCACACUCCUGACUACAUCCGCUCAAAAGGCCUGCUGUUCUCAGGUCUCUACUUCAUGAUUGCUUGCGUUGAGUUCUUUGCAUAUUUCGGCAGUUGGUUCUUCUUCGGCCUUGUCGCUGAGCGGUUGCUCUACAAGGUGCGAUCUUUGUCACUGCACUCCUUGUUGCAACAACCUCUACAAUGGCAUGAAUCCAGCAAUCGGAGUCCGAACAAGUUGCUCGGGUAUAUUACUGACGAUGGGAACUCUCUUGCCGGUCUUAGUGGAUCUAUCAUCGGUACCUUGUUUUCCGUAUGCGUCAACUUUCUAGCGGCUAUUAUCGCAGCGCAUAUCGUAGCGUGGCGCAUCGCUAUCGUAUGCUUGGCCAUCGUACCGAUCCUCCUGGGAGCCGGUUUCAUGCAGCUCCGUGCCCUCACACGUUAUGCCGAGAAGCAUGCUGGUGCCUUUUCCGAUUCAGUUGGUGUCACGGUGGAGGCUGUCACUAACAUUAGGACCGUUGCAGCAUUGUCUCUGGAAGAAGAGAUUCUAAGUACAUACCGUCGUUCGUUGCAAGGUCCACGUAGAGAAAUGGUCGUGCAGUGCUUCAAGACCAACUUCUGGCUAGCCAUCGCCAACUCUAUCGGAAGCGCCCUGUAUGCUUUCGCGUAUUGGUGGGGAUCAAAGAACAUCUUGGAGGGCAGAUACUCUCAGGCACAGUUCUUCUUCAUUAACGUAGCCAUGCUCGUGUCGGCCCAACUGUGGGGCCAGCUGUUCACCCUUGCACCUGAAAUCGCUCGUGCGAAGAGCGCGGUCUCAAGAGUCGCUGGUCUUAUCGAGCUCAAGAGCGAAAAUGCUCAGACCCCAUCAGGACGAACAACGCCAGACGAAAUUGACUUCGAUGAGAAGAAGGAUAUCGAAGCCUUUGCUGACUCAGCAGUCCCCUUAUCAGCUGAAGGUGGCGCAACGGUAGAGUUCCGCGAUGUGACGUUUGCAUACCCAGCUCGACCGAACGCUCCUGUCUUGCAGUCUUGUUCACUUUCGAUCCGACCAGGGAAAUUCUACGCUCUGGUAGGCCCUUCCGGUGCCGGAAAGAGCACCAUCCUUGCACUGCUGGAGCGGUUUUACACGCCGGCGUCGGGUCAAGUUCUUCUAAAUGGACUCGAUAUUUCGCGGCAUCGGAACACCUCCUUCCGGGACGAUAUCGCAUACGUACCUCAGGAUAACGUCAUGUUCCAAGGUAGCAUCAAAUUCAACCUGUCCCUUGGCGCAAGACCCGGCCACUCCCCAACCGAUGAAGAGAUCCAAGAAGCCUGCAAGCUUGCAAACAUCCAUGAGACGAUCAUAAGCCUUCCUCAAGGCUAUGACACAGAUUGUGGCGCCAACGGUAACCAGCUUUCCGGCGGCCAGCGUCAACGUCUCUCUAUUGCGCGUGCCCUUGUGCGCAAGCCUAAGCUCCUUCUACUUGACGAGAGCACUAGUGCGCUCGAUGCAGAAAGCGAGAAGGCGUUGGAAGUAGGUCUCGAGCGAGCUGUCAAGGGCCAGGGCGUUACGGUCAUAGCGAUCGCUCAUCGUCUCCGGACAAUCGCAAAGGCAGAUGUCAUUUUCUUGGUAGAAACUGGCAAGGUCGUGGACCAAGGGAGGCAUGAGGAGCUGGUAGAACGGAGUGAGAGUUAUCGCGUCAAUGCGCUGCAUCAGAUGCUGGCGUGAUGGGGAGGGGGAUAUACAGCAUCUCAAAGGGCGUUUAUCGAGCAUAUUGCAUAUAGACUGAUCAAAUUUAACUAUCUAUUUGGCCAUAUCUAUACAAUUACUGGC